AAGUUCAGAAACAUUUUGGACGACGACAGGCAUGUUCCCACAGGAAUUCAUUAUCGGUUUUCCUAAAUGUGUGAAAAUCUGCAAAGUCGCAAUCCAGUGUUAUUUGGUGCGGACCUUAAGGAUCGAAAGAAGCGUUUCUAAAGACCCAGUAGGUUUUGAACAGUGCGUUGAGAAAGAUUUGCAACACACAGAAGGGCAGCUUCAAAUGGAAGAAUUUCCACUUCCUGAAUUCCAAGCCACUUACUUGCGUUUCAUCAUUAAAUCUGCCUUCGAUCACUUCGUGUCGGUGCACCGGGUGAUGGCAGAGGGCACAGCAGAAAACACCUGA